UAGCUGUGGUUUCAUGUUUGACUUUAAAUAUUGAAGACAUUGAUUUGUGAAGAUUUUUAUUUGUAUUUCACAACAAUUGUAAAAUUGCAUUAAAUUAAGAUCAAAUUAUUUUCCAUCAAUCAUUCUAAGAUUCGAAAAGACUUUCAUGCAACAUAAAGUUGAAUGUCUAUAUAUUGUAUACGACAUUUAAAAUAAUAAUAAACAAACAACAGAAAGCUGUAAAACUGUGAUAGUUGUUUUGUAAAUAAAAAAUAAAAUUUAGCGCAUUAAAUUUAGCUCAUCACAAGUAAACAUGAACAAAACAAGAUUUUCGAUGUUGUUGUUGGAGCCUGGUGAGAUAUAUUUCGAGGAUUAUUCCUGCACAAUGAAUAUAGUAAAUUUACAAGCAGCUGAAAAUGCGAAGCAAGGUCGUUUAAAACUGUGCUCUAAAUCUUUGGUUUUUGAACCUAGGGAGUGGGAUAAUCCGCUAUUAAAGCUACACUUUAAAGAUUGCACAGAUGUUGACACUAUAAAAACACAUGAUGCAGGAAAUCUGAUUAUAGUGAGAGUUAGGCAAUAUGCAGAAAUGUUGGAGGAGAAUAUAUUAGCACCGUAUAAGUUUCAAUAUGAGAAUAAAGAUUUUUUUUUCUUUUUGGAUUUUUCAUCUGCUGAAGAGUGCCUUACUCAGAUGCAGCAACUUCUUAGAGCAUCAACACUUCAUGCUCCGGAACACAAUAGUAUGAUUGCAACUAUUCUUCACUCGCGAUAUAUGAGGAUGGUCUUUGACCCUAUUAUGAUGGAUGAUUACACUGAAAAGAUUGUAUGUGAAUUUCAGACUGAGAAAAUAUCUCCAUUAGUUAGGCAUCAUGGCAAGCUUGCCCUCACACCUACUACUCUUUAUUUUCAACCAUUUAGUAAUAUAGAAAAUAGUCCAAUUUUGAAAAUGAAGCUUGAUGAAAUAACAAGGAUAUACAAGCGAAGAUUUUUACUAAGGCAAGUUGGUCUUGAAAUAUAUAGUGCGGAAGAGAGUACAACACCACAUUUGUAUUUGUCAUUUCAAUGUGAGAAUGACAGAGAUAGAGUCUACCAGAUAUUGGAGGAAUCGCCAAAUAUGCAUUUAGAAAGGGUGCAUGUUGAAGAGAUGACUCUUCAGUGGCAGAAUGGAAUUGUUUCCAAUUACGAUUAUUUGAUGUAUCUCAAUUGCCUUUCAGAUAGAAGUAAAAAUGAUCUCACACAGUAUCCAAUAUUUCCAUGGGUGGUUGCAGACUAUGUUUCGGGCAGCUUAGACUUGGAAAAUGCUGAUACAUUCAGAGAUUUGUCUAAACCAAUGGGAGCUCUAAAUCCUGACCGCCUGGAGAAAUUACUUGAGAGGUACCAUGAGAUGUCAGACCCAAAGUUUUUGUACGGAUCCCAUUAUUCAGCACCUGGUCUCGUUUUAUUUUAUCUUGUAAGAAAAUAUCCUCAAUACAUGUUAUGUUUGCAAAACGGAAGAUUUGACCAUCCUGACCGAAUGUUCAAUUCAUUAAAAGAUGUUUAUAAUAACUGUUUGAAGAAUAUGUCUGACUUCAAGGAACUUGUCCCAGAAUUUUACGACACAAGGGCAAAAGGUGAUUUCCUUGUGAAUAUCUACGACAUAGAUUUCGGUACACGACACGACGGUAGUAAAGUUGAUAAUGUGAAUCUACCACCCUGGGCAAAAUCUCCUGCGGACUUUGUGAUUAAACUGAGGCAAGCACUGGAGUCCCAGUAUGUGUCAAGAUAUUUACAUCUGUGGAUAGAUCUCAUAUUCGGCUAUAAGCAGAGAGGCGAAGAAGCUGUGAAAGCAAAUAAUGUAUUCCACCAUGUUUGCUACGAGGGUUCAGUCGAUCUCGAUGACAUUUAUGAUAUGAACGACCGACACGCCCUCGAGGUGCAAAUAAUGGAGUUCGGUCAAGUGCCCAAACAGCUAUUCACAAAACCGCACGUCAGAAGGGUCAUACCGGAAGUCGCGAAACAAGUGUGUACAAAAGAUUAUGAGAGCAAUGAAUACAGUUUAGAAUGCGUGGAUACUAUAUGGCUGCAUAAAGAAGCGGUGAAUUGCGUGUUAAGGAAAGAAGAUAGGAUUAUAUCAGUUUGCAAGGAUGGCACGCUUAAAGUAUACGAUAUGGUGCAAAGGAAGCAAAUACGCAGUGUCAAAUUGAGUUCAACGCCUCUGAGCUCUUGCGUGAUGGUCGAUGAACAUAUCGUUGCUGUCGGAUCGUGGGAUAAUGAUAUUUACCUUUACGAUGUUGAAUACGGUCGAGUGGUGGAGAGUUUUCGAGCGCACGACGAUUCAGUUAACUGCUUAAAAUGGCUACCUAAAGAGCAUUUAUUGAUAUCGGGCGGUUGGGACGGCGUGGUGCGUGUUUGGGGGAACGUGCGCAAAACCGGGCAAGCGUUGCGCGGCUUGAAGGCCGAGUUCGAUCACGAUGGAAAAGUCAGCACUGUUGCUUUCAGGUACAGGCGACGCGAUCUUGACAUAAUAGCAGGGACAAGUGACGGCGAUGUUUAUAUUUGGGACUACACGACAAAAGAGUUGAUUAACAAAAUAACUGUACACUCUUCACCCGUGACCGGCGUGUGCCUUCUCUGUGAAGACAGGAUAGUCACAGUCAGCGACGGUGGUGACUUGAACGUUACAGAUCUGACUGUUUUAAAUUCGGUGUACCAAAAGCACGUAUCGUCCACCGUAACUUCGUUGUGCUGCGAUGGCGCCAGCGUGCUUUGGUUCGGCGGCAGUGCGGGCACUCUACUGCAGUGGAACAUGACAACGGUUGUGCAGUUGAGCGAGCAAAAAGCUCAUGAUGAUUUAAUACGGAGCAUACAAUUUGAUUCUUCUUCAAAUACCCUUAUUACGGCUAGUGAUGAUAAGUCAAUCAAAGUUUGGCAACUUACGCAGCGAUCGUGACCAUAGUAAUAUCAUAUUGUUUUAUUAUUUUUUUUAAUUUUUUUAACAGUAUUAGCAUUUACAUGUAUUAAACUCGCGCCAGAACUUUACGUCCCUUCAAGAAGAGUGAGUUCGUUUAACUGAGCUUCUUUUGAGACAACAAUUACGUAUAUAGAUUUCUCCGAUAUUCGAGUGAGUAUAGGAAGUUUUGCGCUGUCGAUUUUUUAAAUUUUUAAGCUUGUUUGUAUUAUGCAUAAUAAUAUGCUCAGAAAAAUGUAUAAUAAAAAAUAUUUUUUAGCCGAUUACUACUUAUAAUAGGGUUGUAUGUAUGUAUAUUAUGUUCUUCAAUAAAUGAACGCACCUUAUUGGGCCGAUAUUGAGAAAUUAAAUAAAAUAACGUUACUGCGUUUCAGGCUAUAUGAAUGUAAAUUUAAUUUUUUAUCUCUUGAAAAAAAAUAACCGUUUUUCCAUGGUGAUAUUCUUAAAAGAUAUGUAGUCUGGUUUAGUUCGUUGGAUGAUUCAAUGACAAUAAAGUAAAAAGCAGUGUAAAUUAAUUUUAAAGCCAUCAUCGUUAUGUAAUAAAUAAAUGUUUUAAUAGAUA